AGCAUUCAGUUGUGGUUGAAAUACGAAAUAUUGAACAUGGUACAAAUAAGACCGCUGCCACAGGAAUUGCAAGAAAUUGCUUGUAAGGAAUUGGGCGAAACAUCUGAAAGAAUUUCCGAAGAUUUGAAAACUCUAAAAGCAUGGAUACAAAUGCAGCCACAUCUAAAAUCCUGUACCGAUGAUCAAUUUCUAAUACAAUUCCUCAGAGGCUCUAAAUACAGCAUGGAGAAGGCCAAGGCAAAACUAGAGAAGUUCUAUAGUUUAAAGACCAAUUACUCAGAUAUGCUGUCGUCAGUCGAUGUGAAUUCAACACUUUUUUGUGAAUAUGUGAAAUCAAAGUCAUUCAAUCCUUUGCCCAUACCCUUGAAUGGCAAUGGACCUCGCAUUAUCUAUGUCCGAUUUGGAGUUGAUCCUCGUAGGAUAACCACCAAUCAGGUUAUUCAAUGCGUUAUAACAUUCCUGGAACUUCUACUACUGAGCGAUCCAUAUGCCUGUGUCAAUGGCUUGGUGGUGAUUUUCGAUUAUUCUGAAUUUAGCACAGAUUUUAUACCCCUGUUUACUCCAAGUGCUGUCAGGAAUUUAUUUUUGUUUCAUGAGAAAGCUUUACCUGUACGCUUAAAGAGUCUCUAUUUCGUAAACAUUCCAGCAGUUGCAGAAAGGGUUAUAAGAGCAUUGUUGCCCUACGUACCAGAGAAAUUGAGAAGUCGGCUUCAUUUUCAAUCCAGCAUAGAUGAUGUGCAGAAUUUAAUACCCACGAAAUAUUUUCCCAAGCAUAUGGGUGGAGAAAACGGUUCAUUGGAUGACAUCUAUAAGGAAUAUUUGAAAUUAUGGCAAUAUUAUCUGGAGUACUUUAAACAUAGCGUUAACUAUGGCAUUGAUGAACAAUUACGUUUGAGCAAAAAUCCUUCAAAUGAUAGUGAAUUUGGAGUUGGUGGUUCGUUCCGAGCAAUAAAUGUUGAUUGAUGGAGGCUCUAUUUAUAACAUUAACAGUA